AUGGGUCAGGAGGAGGAACUGAGGCCGUACAGCAGGCUGCGCUGGGGUGACAUUGACCCCCAGGUGACAGAAAUAAUGAAAGGCAUGGGAUUUAGGAAGCAUGAGAUUCAGGAGUCACUAACACAGAAAAGAUAUAACAGGGCGAUGGGAACAUACCUGCUCCUAAAAACCACGAAAGCCCAGAUGAAGGACUGUACCAUCCAGUGCGGCCCUGGGGACUCCCCCACUACCCACAGCAGCAGCAGCAGCAGCAACAGCAGCACAGGAGAAGCCCCAGAGGGAACCAGCAAUGAAAACUGCCUCCAAACUGCACAGCCUGAAGUGCUCCAGUGGGACCCGGCACUUGCCACCCCAUCCCAGCCAGCUGCCCAGAUCCAUCCUUCUGCCACCUCACAGCGUCCUCAGACCACCUUGAGGCCCCCACCACCACUCCAGCACUGCGAAACUGCCUGUCCUCAGUCGCCUAUCAGGAUGGCUAUGUCUACCUCACAGGUGUACCAGAACUGCCACCAAGACUUGGAGGCCACCAUCAACUGCCAGAUCAAUGGGGAGCUCUACAAUUUCUACACCUACCUGUCUGUGUCUUGUUACUUGAACCAUGAUGAUAUGGCUUUGAAUACUUUGCCAAGCAUUUUUUCUCAUGAGGAGAGGGAACAUGCUGAGAAACUGAUGAAGCUGCAGAACCAACGAGGUGGCCAAAUCUCUCAGGAUAUCAAGAAACCAGACUGUGAUGACUGGGAGAAUGGGCUGAAUGCAAUGGAAUGUGCAUUACACUUGGAAAAAAAGGUGGAUCAGUCACUACUGGACUUGCACAGACUGGCCACUGAAAAAACUGACCAUCAUUUGUGUGAGUUCAUUGGGACUCACUACCUGGAUGAGCAGGUGAAAUCCAUCAAAGAACUGGGUGACCCAGCAACCAACCUGCGCAGGUUGAGGGCCCCUGAGAUUGACAUGGCAGAGGGUCUCUUUGACAAGCACGCUCUGGGAGACAGUACAGAGAGCUCAGCCUUAGGCUGCCUUCCCAUGGCCAUGAGGUCGGGGGGACUUCCCUAGUCACCAAAGCAGUAU